UCCGAGGAUCUCCUCCACUUUUCCAGAAGCAUUCAUGAUGCUCUGCUGGAGGCACUGAAGUCUCUCUGCGCGCCGCGUCGGAUCAGUUUUGGAGUCGCCAGCAGUGCGCUUCAGUUUGGACACACGAUCUGCUGGACUGGUUGCAUCGUUUCCCUACAUUUUAACUUUGCUGCUCUUUUGCAUGUGUUGUGGACGCGGAGGAUUGUUGUUCUGAAGUGGAGCCGGUUUGCUUUGCAUUUUUUUUUUGUGUGUUGCUCUCGAUAUGGGGGAAAGCGCGCGUAUGGGGCAGAUAUGUUUUGGCACCGUGGAAGUUUAGCCCUGCAGCCGCUCUCCUAAGCUCCCAUCUUUGCAUUUUGAUUAUUAAACUUUAACCAAACACCGCAGGAGGGUUUGAAACGACGGAGAGAGAUGGCCAACGAGAGGAAACCGCGGCUUUGUCUCAUGGCAAAAGGGGAGAACGGGUAUGGAUUUCACUUGCAUGGCGAGAAGGGGAAGAGCGGGCAGUUCAUCCGCAAAGUGGAGGCUGGCUCCCCCGCAGAAGCGUCGGGGCUGCGCGCCGGGGACAGAGUGGUGGCGGUGAAUGGAGCUAAUGUGGAGAAAGAGACACACCACCAGGUGGUCCAGCGGAUUAAAGCGGUGGACCACGAGACCAGGCUGCUGGUGGUCGACCACGAGACCCAUGAAAGUCUUCGCAGCCUUCGCCUCACAGCCACGGAGGAGAUGGCCAUCGUGGGGACGGGGCCUCCUCUUCCUCCUUCCUCCUCCUCUCCCCCGGCCUCCCCUUCCCCGGCGCCGUCCUCCACCCCGUCGUCCCCCAUAAAGAAGCGGGAGAACGGCUCGGUGUCCAAGCAGCCCGUCACGCUGAGCGGUCAGGUGCAGAAACCCACCAGGAGGUCGCCGUCAAAGGCUGCUAAGAAGGAGGCUGUUAUCCAGGUCGAAGCUCAGAACCAGGCCCAGUCUCAGCCCCGCGACCCGGCCGAGCUCGCCCCACGCCUGUGCCACCUGGUUCGGUCGGACACGGGCUACGGCUUCAACCUCCACAGCGACCGGUCGCGGCCCGGACAGUACAUCCGCUCCCUGGACCCGGGGUCGCCUGCAGACCACGCCGGGCUCCGACCGCAGGACAGACUCAUCGAGGUGAACGGCGUGAACAUCGAGGGCAUGCGGCACGCGGAGGUGGUGGCCUUCAUAAAGAAAGGCGGAGACGAGACCUGGCUGCUGGUGGUCGACCCGGAAACGGACGACCACUUCAAGAGGAGAGGCGUGAUCCCCACCGUCAACCAUCUCAAAGACUACGAUGGUCCCUCCAUAUCCAACGGCUCGCCCAGCCCUCACAUCAACGGCAGCUCCACCACACAGUCCAUCAGGUCGACGCACUCCGACCUGAGCAGCCAGGGCAACAGCACGCAGCUGGCGGACGACGAGGGCCGGCUGGACCCGUUCGCCGAGAUGGGCCUGACUCUGAGCGCCACGGCGGCGGAGGAGAAGAUGAAGAUCCACGCCAAAGAGAAGAAGAAGGCGCCACAGAUGGACUGGAUGAAGAAAUACGAGCUCUUCAGCAAUUUCUGAGACUUCCCCCUCCGAGGACGCUUCGAAGACCAAAGGACGGAGCUCCCUGCGGCCUCCUGCGUGGACCAGUUGGUGCGAUGGGAGAACGUCCCUCCUCAUUCACAUCUUUUUCUUAGAGAAAGCACCGAGACGACCCACACAGAUAAUUUGCUGCUGGACUCAAAAAGAUGAAAGGAUUUGACUUUUUGAAGCCACUUUAACAGCUCCCCUUCCUUCAAAGUACUACACAAAGUGCUGAAUGACUAAAAACAAAACGUAAUUUGCUAUAAACAGACUGUUCAGAAGGGAGGAGCGUCUCACAAACCUUCAUGCGCCGCAGACAUGAAUUCACAGAUUUGCCUCGACCCCCCUUCACUUUAACCAUCCCUUACUCACAAAGACUCAUUUCCACAACUAUUUUUAUAUUUAAAAAGCAUUUAAAGAAAACAAAAACUAUAAACAAACAGCAUCCCAUCAUCGCGGACUGCAUUCUAAAGACUUUUAUGGACACUGUGACCAUAUUGAUUGUGGAUAUUGUGGGAGUUUUGGCCCAACGUUGGCAGAAGAUCACUGUGAAAGAGUUGAGACCUCCAGCAUUUAGUAAUAACCGCUGACACGGAAGAGGAUGGUUGUUUAUCCUACGUGUGUUUGUACAUUAACUGAUCCCAUCACCGAAAUAAUCCCCUACUUGUCUAACGCUCAGUUGUAAUAAGUGUAUCACCACUAACCUCUUUUCACAAAAGUGCUCGGGUGCACACAUGCACGACAAAAAGGGAGGCGCCACUAACAUUAGACGCAUUGUCAAAGGCGACCGACGGACGAGGACGUUUGUUGGCGUGUGGGAUGAGGCUGUGCAGCAGAGGGCAAGCUUACUCCACCAACACAAACCGUCUCUUCGAACCAAACAGAGCGCACGUCGAUCCAGACUUCAUUCAUCGUUUCGUAAUUUCCCCGAAACAAAGAUUAAUUCAGGUGAGGUGGGAGAAAAGAAAUUCUUGGAUAAUUAGAAGGUUUAUUCCCGGCAGCGCGAGGCGGCUGCGAGUGAAAGAGAGGCAGACUCUGUGGUUCUUUUGAUUUGAAAGCAAGUGGCUGAAGUGAAGGCUGAGAGCAAGUUAUGAAGGAAAAUGUUUGAACUCUUAUUGUAGCACGAUUGCAGAGUCUUCAAUCAUUCAUGGAGAACUGGAAGGAAUUUCAGGGGAAUUUACUCAUAGUCAAGUAGGAUUUGGAAUAAAAUGGAAAAGGAUGAAAUUAGCGUCAUUGGCGGGUGAGACUGUCCUGGAGGAAGGAAUAUUUUUGGAAAUACAGAGACAGACAAUAGGGACGUCAUUCUUGGGUCUGAAUAUGAUGCUGCCGGUAGCAACAGGUUAGCGUAGCUUAGCACAAACACAGUAAACAGAGGGAAACAGCUAGCCUCGCUGCGUCCAGAGGGAACAAACUGCCCUAAUCACCAUGCUCUAUGGGGGUUGUUUAAUGCUAAUUUUCCAUUUUAGGAAGUUUUGCAAAUGGACCCCAGAGCUGAAGUACAAUUUUAAGUUACUUGAGUAUACAGAAAUACUUUCACUACAUUUAAUUGAUUGUUUCAGUUACUUGCAAGAUUUUGUUUCGUACAAAAAAACUAUAUACAAUCAGCUAUAAAUUAGUUGUUAAAUCGCCUUUUUCCAGCUCCGCACAUUAAUCAAAAACAUGGCAAGAAUUUGUCUCCAGGUCUAUUUUGCUGGGAACACUUUUGUCAUUUCGUGUACAUUCAAAUGCACGACUUCUUCCUUCCAUCUUGGACAUUUCUCAGAAAGUUUUAACAGCUGGAUGGAGUCGAGCUGCUUUCUCCCGUCUCCAGUCUUUGAGCUGAGUCAUUUCGAUUUAACUUAGAGACGUGAAAGUUGCGUACACCUUAUCUACCAUAACGUCGACCCAUUCUUUUUGAUAAACAAGUGCCAGAGUGUAUCUGAAGCUAAAGGCCCUGCGGGAUUCACCAAGCGGGGAGCACGUCGCUAGCUUUGCAGGUCGCGGGGCGGAGAAGCUCGGUGAGGUCAGAGAUGCUCUGGAGGAUCUAGUGGAAGAGACUGUGGGAGCCAUGGAGCUUACUGAGGAUUACUCCACAUGCAGGGACAGCUGUCGUACACAUGCUCACACACGUCUGCUGCACAAUGUGUGUGCAGAGGAGGUACAUACGUGAUGCCACAGCCCCGGCAGCGUUGGUGUAAUGCGUUACAGUGAGUGGAUUGGAGAAGUUUUUUUGGGGGGGUUUUGUACUCAUUCACACCCUCAGUCUCUGUAUGUUCUGACAAUCACAGCAAAACUAUCUCUCCUCCUGUGGCUGAUGUAUAUACAGUAAAAGCAUACAGUAUAUAUGGCAGGUUGCAUUUUUCAAUAAAGUGUGACAAUGGCGUUUUUGAAUAUAUCAA